AAAUGCCGUCGGAAAGACACUGUCCUCCCCUCCAGCCAAAGGAUAUGCCAUUACUUUUAAAAUGUGCUGUUGUUCUGUUAAGUACCACAUACUUACUGUGAUUUUUCUUUUUUCGGUCCUCCGUGUUAGAUUGGCUGCUGAUGAUAGCACUUCUGAUUUUGUUUAAAGGCAGGGUGGGCUCUCCUCCCGUACUUGCUACAUGUACACACGCUUUGGGUGGGGCAGCUGUGUGUCGGGCUGAACCGUGCCCUCCCUGGCCUUUCUCCCCGCGGGCGGGAGGCGGGCUGGCUUCUGGCUGCUGCAUCCUGUGUGUUUUGGCUGCUCACUUUCCAGCCCCGGACACGCUGACCCCCGGAGUCUGAACGUUCACUCUGAGUGAUGGACAGAGCUGCACUCCUCACACUUGUUUCAUCCGGCGUUGACUUCACAUACUGCAUUAUAUCCGUUUCCUCGAAUAACUUGUGAGAUGGACAGGUAACAGACAAGCCCCCGCACGGUCUGUCCCGGUGGCAGCAUGACCGAGUGCUUCCUGCCCCCGACCAGCAGCCCCAGCGAACACCGCAGGGCAGAGCACAGCGGAGGGCUCCCCCGCACCCCCAGCUCGGAGGAGAUCAGCCCCACCAAGUUCCCCGGCCUCUACCGCACGGGCGAGCCCUCGCCUCCCCACGACGGCCUCCACGAGCCUCCUGACAUCGUGUCCGAUGACGAGAAGGACCAUGGAAAGAAAAAAGGGAAAUUUAAGAAAAAGGAAAAAAGGACUGAAGGCUACGCCGCCUUCCAGGAAGACAGCUCUGGAGAUGAGGCCGAGAGUCCCUCCAAAAUGAAGCGCUCCAAGGGGAUCCACGUCUUCAAGAAGCCCAGCUUUUCUAAGAAGAAAGAGAAGGAUUUUAAAAUCAAAGAGAAACCCAAAGAGGAGAAGCACAAGGAGAAGAAGUCCAAGGACCUGACGGCGGCGGACGUGGUGAAGCAGUGGAAGGAGAAGAAGAAGAAGAAGAAGCCCGUCCCCGAGCCCGAGGCGCCGCCGGCCGACGCGCCGAGCCUGCGGCCUGUGUUCGGGGCGCCGCUGGCGGACGCGGCCGAGCGCACCAUGCUGUGCGACGGCGUGCGGCUGCCCGCCGUGUUCCGCGAGUGCGUGGACCAGGUGGAGCGGCGCGGGAUGCGGUGCGAGGGCAUCUACCGGGUGUCAGGAAUUAAAUCCAAGGUGGAUGAGCUGAAGGCAGCCUAUGACAGAGAGGAGCCCCCGAACUUGGAGGAGUACGACGCGAACACGGUGGCCAGUUUGCUGAAGCAGUACCUGCGGGACCUGCCGGAGAACCUGCUCACCAGGGAGCUGCUGCCGCGCUUCGAGGAGGCCUGUGCGAGGAGCACCGAGGGCGAGAAGGUGCAGGAGUUCCAGCGCCUGCUGAGGGAGCUGCCCGAGUGUAACCAGCUCCUCAUCUCCUGGCUCAUCGUGCACAUGGACCACGUCAUCGCCAAGGAGCUGGAAACCAAGAUGAACAUCCAGAACAUCUCCAUAGUGCUCAGCCCGACCGUCCAGAUUAGCAACCGUGUACUGUAUGUGUUUUUCACACACGUGCAAGAGCUCUUUGGGAACGUGACGCUGAAGCAGGUGACGAAGCCUCUUCGCUGGUCCAACAUGGCCACGAUGCCCACGCUGCCCGAAGCCCAGGAGAGCAUCAAGGAGGAGAUCCGGAGGCAGGAGUUUCUUUUGAAUUGUUUACAUCGAGACCUGCAGGGCGGGAUAAAGGACUUGUCUAAAGAGGAGCGCCUGUGGGAAGUGCAGAGGAUCCUGACAGCCCUCAAAAGAAAACUGAGAGAGGCUAAGAGACAGGAGUGCGAGAGCAAGAUUGCACAAGAGAUAGCCAGUCUUUCUAAAGAGGACGUUUCCAAAGAAGAAAUGAAUGAGAAUGAAGAAGUCAUAAAUAUUCUUCUUGCCCAGGAGAACGAGAUCCUGACCGAGCAGGAGGAGCUCCUCGCCAUGGAGCAGUUUCUGCGCCGACAGAUCGCCUCGGAGAAGGAGGAGAUCGAGCGGCUCCGAGCUGAGAUCGCCGAGAUACAGAGCCGGCAGCAGGGCCGCAGUGAGACGGAGGAGUGCUCCUCGGAGAGUGAGAGCGAGAGCGAGGACGAGGACGAGCUGCAGGCCAUCCUGGAGGAGCUGCAGAGGCAGAACGAGGAGCUGGAGAUCAAGAACAAUCACCUGAACCAGGCGGUUCACGAGGAGCGCGAGGCCAUCAUUGAGCUGCGGGUGCAGCUCCGCCUGCUCCAGCUGCAGCGGGCCCGGCCCGAGCCCCCCAGCGACCCCGAGCCCGGCGCCGCCAAGGAGCCGCCCCCGGCGGGCAGGGAGCCGGCCCGGCCGUCGCCCAGCAGGGACAGGAAGGAGACGCCCAUCUGAGCCGCGCGGGCCGCCGGCCUGUGCACCUGACUGGGCCCCAGCCAGGGCCCCGCCGUACCUGCUGUAAAGGCGUCUCCCUCCUCCCUCAACGGAGGACGCACGCGUCGGGCUCGGGGCCCCCGGGGAGGACGGGCGGGCGCGGGCGGCCGGCGGGGCACAGAGGCUUCCAGAUGCUGUCUGCUUCUCUGAAGAUUUUCUUUGUUAACUUAAAAUAACUAUUUUCACCCUUGAGUGGCUUCUUUUUAAACCAAAAAUCGUCUUUCUUUGCUUUUUUAUUAUGGCAGAAUGAGGAUUUUUCUCUCGUUCAAGGGGGAUCCCGGACACGGCGGACAGCGCCCGCCUCUGUGCGGCCCGUGGUCCCCUCCAGGGUCCCCGCUCACCUGUCACUCCUGCUUGUGCCUUUCACACCUCUCUGGUGCAGAUUCUAUGCUGGGAGCUGCCUCCCCUUUCCUGAGGGGCCAGAAUGGCUCUCACUGGGGUUCCCUCCCUGCCCCCCCAACACCCCCCUUGGGACAGGCCCCCGUCACAGUCCCUGAGCCCGAGUCACCACCACGGCCUCGUUAGUCAGAGCCGUCCUGGGGCAGCGGCCACCUCUCUCCGGCUCCUGCGGCCACUGGUCAGCAGACGCUCUCCACGGGCUCGGUGGGAGGUGGCCGCCCGGACCGGAGGCUCUAGCUCUCAGACCUCCCCUCAGAACAGGACGUCAUCGUAGGCUGCUCGCCUGGGCUAGAAUGUAAGUGUCUCUCUGCCUGAAUAAGCCAUAUCGAUAGACACGCUCUGACCUGAGUCCACACCGUCUCACCGAGCCGCUGCCAGACUCCCAGCUGACCAGACUGAGCAAUAGGAAACGGCUUUGCUCGGGGGGCAGCCGUGUCCCGACCCCCACCACCCCGCUGCCCUGGGGCCCUGGGGCGUCUGGGGGGCCGCUCUGUCCAUGUGCACGGCUGUGAAGACGGCCCCUCACCCAGGGUGAUGGAGACCCCCCCCCCGGGGCUCUGUUCUCUCCUCCUGGUUUGUAUUUAUUUUCAGCACCUCUUCUAUGCGGUUUUUACCCUCUACCUAUUGCACUGUUGUGACUUGUUGGCCAUUAUUUGAUUUUUGUACGAAAAAAGCUUUGUUAUAGAAAUCAGCAUACUAUUUUUUUAAAUCUGGAGAGAAGAUAUUAUGGUGACUGAAAAUAUGGUCAGGUGUCAAAUGUAAGUGUAUAAAGCCUUCCAGCUGUCCUGUCGGUCCUGUUACAUUCAUUUCACAUUUGCUGGCAAUGUUGAAGGUUUCUUUUUUGUGUAAACUCUUAAUUUCUAUCAAGGUGUCAUGAAUUUUUUAAAUUAGUAUUUCAUUACAGCUGUCUCAGCGUUGAUUAACUAAUUUUUGCCAGGACCCAUUGUUGAUCAAGCAAAUAAAUUCAACAGCCAUUUGAGGAAAAAGGGA